CUUUCACGCUCCUUUUUCAUCACCACAAAGACUUGGGGUUCUAGAAAGAUUUUAGAAUUCAACAUCUUCCAACCAUUUACAACAAUGGGUUAUGCCGAAUGCAAUGCCCAAGGUCACUCCAAAAUAGUUUUCGCCUGCAAAACCCUUGUCCACUUCUGGGUGUCCUCCAAGUCACAGCCUUCCGGCGCAAAUCUGCAUCCCCAAUCAGGGGUUCUCCUCAGCCGAAGUAUUUUUCCGCUCAGCUCUUUUUGGCUGGUUUCAGUCAUCGUUUGCCUUUCCUUCGCCCGCCCUGCGGCCGCACUUGAUGGAAGCCUCGCCGCUGUGGAGCAGUUUUCAGCACGCCAUCAGAUCCCACCAAUCAGCAUCGAAUACUUCGGAAACAUGUUCUGUGCCAUCGGCCUCUGUAUGGUCCUCAUUGCACGAGGCUUGCUUGGCCCUUUAGUGGGAAUUACAAGUGUUCUGUGGGUCAUGAUGCGCAAUGACCCUGCCAUCAAGCCCAAGCUUUCAUGGAUGAUGUUUGGUGUCUGGUUGGUCUUGUUUCUGUCAUACGUUUUCGUCCAAUGCCACCGCGUUUUGAACCGCCAACUGUACAUGCUACUAAGCACAUCCAUGGCCGGAAUCUGUAUGUGCAUCAUCGCGCUAAUCCAAAAGUCAUCACUACACGGCGGCCUUAUGACAGCUAUUCCGCCUUGCUCGUCUUUCGCCGCGUAUUCAGUCGGCUACUUCUUUCCGGACCGGCUUCGAGAGGGCAUUUAUAAUGCCGUUUGAAUAUUCAAUCUCGUCCAAUCACCCAUCGAUUACCCUCCAAGGGUAAUGUCAACAAGACCAUGAUAAUCUCUAGCGUCAGGAGUUGGAAUCAUAUUUAGGAAUUUUGUAUUUACUUUGGCAGAAGGGCAACGAUAAGGCACAUAUAUGUUUAGAUGCUGUCGUCGACUCAGCUGGUCAUCGUCUAGCUUUAUGUGAAAAAAGGAAAACUAUUCGCAAUUCUUUACGUCCCCGACACAAUAAAGUAUCCAUACAGAUUACACAAGCACCACAUUCUGAGCAAGGCAAAGCGUAAAGCCCUUUGGGCUCCGAAGAACGUCAAAUAUUACCUAUUGCAUCUUAUCACCUGAUGUAAGACACGACAGGGCGAGGGCUUCAGGGCCUUAUUGGAAUCUCAUUGCUCUUCUCCCUAACUCCCGCACGAUAUUUGACAGAUCGAGCCUGCCCGAAUUGUAUUCUAC